CGCCCGCCGCAUCUCGCUCGGUAAGUCGCCCCUUCUCUGCCUGGCCAGGGCCCUUCCAGCCCCCAGGCUCGGCCCAGCUGGCACCCUAAUCGCGCGGUCCGCCUGGCCCAGUGGCCCCUGACAUGUGGCCUUCGGGGCUCGCCCUGGCUAUACCAGCGCCUGGAACCCCAGGUCAUAGGGGCCUAAACCUGAGGGAGCGUUUGGAGAGUUGUGGACAGCAGGCCCGCCUGGGGCCUGCUGCCUUCCCAUUUCUCGGACGGAGCCAUAGGCCUCGAGGCCCGGUUAUUCCGAGAGACGCAAAGCCCCGCCCCGCCCAGCCCCAGUGCUGGGCCCUUUGUCUGGGCCGCCCCCCACCUCCGGGCUGCGGCGGCGAUGCGCCCGAGCCGGGCCGCCGUUCGCCGGCUGCACCUGCCGGCUGGUCCCGUGCGCCGGCUUUGCGCGGCUUAACCCGGCGCGCUCCUGCGUGCGCCCCCGGGCGCCGCGCCCCGCGGCCCUUUAUCCUGUGUGGCUGGGGUGCGGGUGGGGGAGAGCACGGGGUCUGGAAGUCUCCCCCCUGCCCCGAGCCGGAGUCGGAAUCCUUUUAGUGGGAUUUCAAUAAGAAUGGGGCCGCCGCGGUCUCGGGAUCUGCCUCCGGGAGGCGGGAGGCGUAGACGGCGGCGGUCUGGUCUGUCUGGACCCAGGGCAAUUAGAAUCCUUCGGCGGAGGCCAGGCUUGAACUCCAGGUUGCCUCGGCCGCGAGGGGAAAGCUCUGGCGUUCAGGGCCCCCGGAUGUGGCGGCCGCUCCUUUCCCGGAAAACACGGAAGGAAAUUCGUUGUUUUGGAAAAAGCCACGUCUCCCGGGGUCGGGAACAUCUGGCAGUGAGCUCUGGGUCUACGCAGGCACCUCGCGCUGGGAUUCCUUCAUGAGCAGGCAGGAUUCGAGAAGCAGGGACGCCGCCACCGCCUCCGCCCAGGUCCCGGGCCUCCGCCGCCGGCCAUGGAGGCGGCUCCGGAACAGCCGCGCUGGAUGGCGCACCCCGCCGUGCUGAACGCUCAGCACCCAGACCCGCACCACCCGGGCCUGGCGCACAGCUACAUGGAGCCCGCGCAGCUGCUGCCUCCCGACGAGGUGGACGUCUUCUUCAACCACCUCGACUCGCAGGGCAACCCGUACUACGCCAACCCGGCCCACGCGCGGGCGCGCGUCUCCUACAGCCCCGCGCAUGCCCGGCUGACCGGAGGCCAGAUGUGCCGCCCACACUUGUUGCACAGCCCGGGGCUGCCCUGGCUGGACGGGGGCAAAGCAGCCCUCUCCGCGGCUGCAGCACAUCACCACAACCCCUGGACCGUGAGCCCCUUCUCCAAGACGCCGCUGCACCCCGCGGCUGCCGGAGGCCCCGGAGGCCCCCUCUCUGUGUACCCAGGGGCAGGGGGUGGGAGCGGGGGAGGCGCUGGCAGCUCUGUGGCCUCCCUCCCCCCGACUGCAGCCCACUCGGGCUCCCACCUCUUCGGCUUCCCACCCACGCCACCCAAAGAAGUGUCUCCCGACCCCAGCACCACUGGGGCUGCCUCCCCAGCCUCCUCCUCCGCAGGGGGGGGUGCGGCCCGGGGCGAGGACAAGGACGGCGUCAAAUACCAGGUGUCACUGACGGAGAGCAUGAAGAUGGAAAGUGGCAGUCCCCUGCGCCCAGGCCUGGCUGCCAUGGGUACCCAGCCUGCCACGCACCACCCAAUCCCGACCUACCCCUCCUAUGUGCCGGCCACCGCCCACGACUACAGCAGCGGGCUCUUCCACCCUGGAGGCUUCCUGGGUGGCCCAGCCUCCAGCUUCACCCCUAAGCAGCGGAGCAAGGCACGCUCGUGCUCAGAAGGCCGGGAGUGUGUCAACUGCGGGGCCACGGCUACCCCUCUCUGGCGGCGGGACGGCACCGGGCACUACCUGUGCAACGCCUGCGGCCUCUACCACAAGAUGAACGGGCAGAACCGGCCGCUGAUCAAGCCCAAGCGGAGAUUGUCGGCCGCCAGGAGAGCGGGCACCUGUUGUGCAAAUUGUCAGACGACAACCACCACCUUAUGGCGCCGAAACGCCAACGGGGACCCUGUCUGCAACGCCUGUGGCCUCUACUACAAGCUGCACAAUGUGAACAGGCCGCUGACCAUGAAGAAGGAAGGCAUCCAGACUCGGAACCGGAAGAUGUCCAACAAGUCCAAGAAGAACAAGAAGGGGACCGAGUGCUUUGAGGAGCUGUCCAAGUGCAUGCAGGAGAAGGCGUCCCCCUUCAGCGCGGCUGCCCUGGCCGGACACAUGGCGCCUGUGGGCCACCUCCCGCCCUUCAGCCACUCGGGACACAUCUUGCCCACCCCAACGCCCAUCCACCCCUCCUCCAGCCUGUCCUUCGGCCACCCCCACCCAUCCAGCAUGGUGACCGCCAUGGGCUAGGGACCGCCCCCCACGGACCGACAGACAGAUGCCGAGGAAGGCGCUCCCGGGACGGGGGGCGGGGACCAGACCCUCAGCUGCCCGUCCCUCCCCGGAGACUGAUGCUGCCCUGCCAGCCCAGCCGGAGCCCCACGCUGCCUCACCUGUGGGCCCGUCGGCCGUCACUGUGAAGAUCUUCCCUGGGCUGGGAGGCUGUCUCGGCCUCCCAGGUGGGGCCUCCGCCACGGAUAACUGUUUGGCGAGCGGAAAGGACGACUUUAUGAAGACUGGGGGCAAGGGACACACGAAGGAAACCGCGUCGUAGAAGGAAAAGGGAGUAGGCAAAAGUAAUUUAUUUUGCUCGUUUCUCACCAGGACUGGGAGACUUGGGCGGUCUGAGCUGCCCCAAGUUCGCGGGGCUUCCUCGGCGCCAAGUGCCACUUGACCGUUCCCCGUGCCCGGCUCCGGGGGCAGGUCUUCGGGGACCUCGGCCCGCACCCUCUCCACUGGCUCCCUCUCUGAAAGCGCUGAACCCAGGCUGGGCUGAGCCAAUCCAGAGGGGCCGCGGCCGGGCGCCGAGGGCAGAGACAAUCACGGGCGGUCCCGCGCAGAUUCCCAGGCCGGGGCUGGGUCACAGGAAGGAAACGUUUUCUUGAGAGGGGAAGCGUCUCUCCGAUGGCUCCCCUGGCUCUGAGGCUGAGGCUGGGGUGACCCGUGCGCCCUAGACGGGUCUGAGCUACAGCCGCCUCCUCCGCCCGGCGGACCCCUGUACAUACGUCCUCCUGCUAACCCCUAAACCCCUCCUCUCCAACUCCUAGACAAAAGAAGAAAAUGUUAAAAAAAAAAAAAAAAAA